UGGCACAAUGAAGGGAUGUGGCCAGCUGUCACAGCCUUCUCCUCUAUCCCGAGAAGUUGCCUUGGCUCCUUGACUCAAGCUACCCUUCCCAUACCUUGGUUCUCUUUUUCAUUCUAUCUAUCCUUUCCAGGUGCACCUCCAGUCCCAAGUCAUGUCCUGCUACACCCAGUGUGUGCCAUGCCGGCCCUGCGGCCCGACCCCUCUGGCCAGCAGCUGCAAUGAGCCCUGUGUCAGGCAGUGCCAGGACUCCACCAUUGCCAUUGAGCCCUCUCCCGUGGUGGUGACCCUGCCCGGACCCAUCCUCAGCUCCUUCCCACAGAACACCGUUGUGGGCUCCUCCACCUCCGCUGCUGUUGGCCGCAUCCUCAGCUCUGAGGGCGUGCCCAUCACCUCGGGGGGCUUUGACUUGUCCGGCUUGGGCAGCCGCUCCUGUGGCAGAAGGUGCCCGCCCUGCUGAAGCUGCUGGUCCUGGAGAAAUUGUUCCAGAAAACAGGAACGUGGUUCUGGAUCAACAAGACAUCUUCAAGCCC